GGCGACGGGCUCCUCUCGCAGCUCGGCAGCGGCACCGGGCAGGCGUGGUUCGCCUACUCCGUGGCGGUGCUGUCUGUGGCGUCGCUGGUGCCACUGCUCCAGGGCGAGAGCGCUGAGGGCAGAGCCGGUGCCAUCAUGAACGCCAACGCGGAGCUCUGGAACGGCCGCUUCGCCAUGCUCGGCCUCGUCGCGCUCGCCGCCACCGAGAUCAUCACCGGCGCGCCUUUCAUCAACGUGUAAAACUAGCUUUGUCGUGGACCGGAUAACACAACCUGUACCUAGGACAUGUAAAUGAUGAGAAUUGAUCAUCCUCAUAUUCUUUGUAGUGCUUAUACUAAUUAAAGACAGUUCAUACUACGGGAGCUGCUUUGUUUCUCA